AACAGGCCAAGUGGAUAAAAGGCUCACCAACCAAGAGCUCUCUCCAGCAGGCCCAAUUUAGCAUUGCACACUGGCACCCACUUUCCAAACGGUAAGAUUAUCCCCCACGUGUUUAAAUUUCUCCCGCUCCGUUAAUCUUACCGUUAACUCUCAUCUCUCUCCCCUCUUUCUCUUUCUAAAAAACAGCCCCCGGAGAAAUCAAUCAGAAAUUUUCAAGAAAUGGGCAAGCUCAUCUGCGAUUCACCUAAUUCUUCCCCCUGGAAAGAUCCCACCUCAACCCCAGAUUUAAUCUCCGCCGUUGAUUUCAUCUCCCCCGCCGCCUGGGAAAACGUGUCGGGCUUGGAGGACCAGCAGAAACGCACCCUGGAGAGAUUACAAACAAAAGGGGUUCUCUGGAAACAUCCCAAGGACCAGACCCAUGAAGCAAUUGUGUUCCGGUUGAGCCACGGCGGAGAUGUGGAGGCCGACGGCAACUGCUUGUUCACGGCGAGUUGUAAGGCGAUGGGGAUGGCGGGUGCUGAUGCGAGGGAGCUGAGGAGAAGGUGUGUGAAGAGAUUUGUUGAAGAUCUCGGGGGGUUUAGUAAGAAUGAGAGGGAUUUGAUUGAUGAUGCAAUUAGGCAUAUGUAUUGUCCUGAUUUGAAAUGUGGGUGGGGGGUUCAUGUUGUGCAAGAAUUGAAAUUGGUGGCCAAGAAAGAUGAUAGGGUUCAGCUGGAUCUUGCUAUUGAUGAGCUUGUAAAUCUUGGAAUGCAAAGAGAAUUGGCGGCGGAGUCUAUUUAUAGAGAGAGGUGCAUUGCUGUGGAAGAUGGCUCAAGUUGGGCCAAGUACAUGUCAAUAUCCGGUUCCCCAGAUGAUGAAUAUGAUAUCAUCAGUUUGCAAUAUACUGAGGAGGGUCUACUGACGGUAGAUGAAAAUAGAGAAGGUCAUGCAGCUGCUUUUGGUGAUGAUAUUGCAAUUGAGUGCCUUGCGACUGAGUUCAAAAGGGAAAUUUAUGUGGUUCAAGCUCAUGGAUCGGAUGCGAUGGUUGAUGAAGAAAAUUGUGUUUUCUUCCUCCCACAUCGUCCAAGAAGUGAAAUCUCUGGCCCUCCGUUUUUUCUUUUCAUGAAGGGAACAGGUUGGUGUGCUGCUGGGGCUGAUCACUAUGAACCCGUUGUUGCUCAUCCUUCAACUCUCAUAUCUCAGGAGAAAGUUGCAAUGGUUCUAUGAGGCCAAUUGAUUGGCAGUUUUUUGGCAUACAGAUUCUAAAUAGAUAUAGACAUUCUUUUCUCUCCCAUAAUCGCGGUGCAACCUAGUACUCUUUUUAUCGCAUCCCUUGCAGGAUGCAAGGGAGAGGUUUUUAAUCGGAUGGACAUCCAAUUUUUUCUUUUUUUGAUCGACAAAUAUCUUGAGAUUAAGAGAGAGUAGUGACAUGUAGUUUUUAUACAUUAUUAGGGGGGUUUCGUAGUUGCUUAUCGGCUUUUACUGUUGUUCUGUUGAGCUUGAGGGGGCAGCUAUACUGUUGUAGUACCAUAGUGUGCAUGCCCCCCCAGCCAUAGGUGAAUGAUAUUUGAUUCAAUGGUAUGACAUGAACGCAAAGUUGUUCAUUUUUGGGCA